ACAUCACCUGCUCACAAAACGCCGCAGUAAAACGGAGGGACUGUCAGUGAGAGAGGAGAUGAGGGUUUCCUCCCUGAGGUUUAUAUGUCUGCUGGCUUUCGUCUGUUUUGUGUCGUUUACUUGGAUUAAAUCGAUCCACCGUGAUGAAGGUUCAAUCAAGCUGCCAGACCUACAGAACCUGUAUGAGCGUCUGUUGGUGGCUGAGGAGUUGGGAGGGCAGGUCAGCAGGAAUCUCAGCAGCAUCCUGGAGCAGCUGAGGAAUGUGUCCAAAGCUGCCAAUAACACCCACCCCACCAGCAACACCACCAACACCAUCCUAAUCUCCACAAUCUUCACAGUAAUGCAGAGAGGCACUCCUGCUCGACAGAUGUUCCUCCAGCCCAACAUUUACCUCUACUUGCCUCACCUCAAACAACAUUCAGACAGCCUUAUUCCUAACAUAGUCCUGGGUCGGGGACGCUAUGGAGUGUCCAUGGUGCUGGGCAUUCCUACAGUGAAGCGUGAUAAACAGAGUUACCUGUUCAAUACACUCAACUCUCUACUCUACAGCCUGACUUCCUCGCAGCGCCAAGAUCUUCUCAUCAUUGUCUUUGUUGCUGAGAUGGACUCAAACUAUGUGGGCAGCGUAGCAGAGAACAUCAGAAAGAAUUUUCCCAAGGAUGUGCAAUCAGGAUUACUGGAGGUCAUCGCUCCUUCACAGUAUUACUACCCCGACUUCGACAGCCUAACAGAGACCUUUGGAGACUCCAAGGACAGAGUCAAAUGGCGAGCUAAGCAGAAUCUGGACUUCUGCUUCCUCAUGCUAUAUGCUCAGGACAGGGGAACCUAUUAUGUUCAGCUAGAGGAUGAUGUUGUUGCGAAGGCAGGCUACUACAGUGACAUGAAGACCUUUGCCUCUCAGGAAGCUUCAAAGCCAUGGCUCUACAUGGAGUUCUCCCCCCUUGGAUUUAUAGGGAAGAUGUUUCGGACUAGUGACCUUCCAAUGAUCACUGAGUUUUUCCUGAUGUUCCAUAGAGACAAACCCAUUGACUGGCUGUUGGAUCAUAUUCUGUGGGUGAAGGUUUGCAACCCAGAGAAAGAUGAGAAAGACUGCAAUGAACAAAAAGCAUUGCUCAAGCAGAGGUACAAGCCCUCACUCUUCCAGCAUGUAGGCCUUCACUCCUCUCUACGUGGGAAACUCCAGCAUCUGGUGGAUAAAGACUUUGGAAAGCAGAUUCUGUACCAGGCCCAUAGAAACCCGGCUGCAAAGCUGAACAGCAGCCUGACACAUUACCAGCAGCACAGUCUGGACAGGGCUUACAGGGGAGAGGACUUCUUCUGGGCAUUAACGCCCAUCCAGGGUGACUACAUCCUCUUCAACUUCCUCCAGCCAAUCCACAUAUCUGGGUACCUGUUUCGCUGUGGAAGCUUUGAGACCGGUGGAGAUAAAUUCUACAACACCACAGUAGAGGUGCUUCCCAGUAAUGCAUCAACGCGAAAAAAACUAGUCACUGGCUCAUCCACACUCAACAAAGAGUCUGAUAACGGUUUCAUCAUAAUUGGUGGAUUUGAGGACGGAGUAGCUGAGGGGGAGAUUGAAGAAGCGCUACAGCCGAUCUCAGCGCUACGUCUGGUGGUUCACUCUGAUUCCGACGUCUGGGCUCAACUCACUGAGAUUCUCAUUAAAUUUGAGGACUAGUAUGGAAACUUGCUGGCAUCCAGUCCAGUGCUUCUCCUGAACAAACCUGCCUCUUGCUGGACAAAGACUUUUCACUACAAAGGAGACCUGAGGUGCCUUCACUGACUGUUGUCUGUGGGGAAAGACGUUUAGAUUUGCCAAUCUGACGUCACUUACUUUAUCUGCAAACUGCAACAUGUUGUGAACUGACCAAAUUGCCAAUAUUACUGCCUCAGAGAACCUGUACAAUUUAUUACACCGAUUUUGUUGUAAGAAAGAAAAUAUAUCAAACCUCUUCUUGUCUUUGUAGUAUUAAAGGGCCCAUAUUGUGUAAAAUACA